AUGGUUCCUAAGACAAAAGGAAGAACCCACGAGCAAGAACGAGACGUCGGCAGUGACGCAGACGACAGCCCGAAGGACAAGGCCAACGACGAUGAGGAGAACAAAGCUUCUACGAGUGACAUGCCAGGAAACAACGCGAAUACCUCUGGCAAUGGCAACGCCACCCUCGGACGCGCGAACACGUUCAUCAAGGCCAUGUGCAAACACGUCAUGGACAAGAUCGCCCUGUGCGCCAUGCAAGCAAAAGAUGCUGUGGCCAGUGCAAUCGAAAGGGUUAAGGAACUCGGAGUCAAGGGUCUGGCGAAGGCAGCUCGCGAGUGGAUCAUGCGGCACCCUUGGGAAUUCGCUCUGGUCGUGGUUCCGCUCAUUCUGAUUGCGCUCACUGCCAUCAUAUUAUCAGGUAUAGGCUUUGGAGCGGGUGGGAUAGUCGCUGGCAGUACAGCAGCCGCCAUGCAAGCGGGUAUUGGCAAUGUGGUUGCAGGUUCUGUCUUUGCCACUUGUACAAGCGCUAUGAUGGGCGGGUACGGUGCGCCGAUCAUCUUCGGGGGUCUUUGGGGCAUAACAGCAGCGUUGGUGAUCGUAGUCGAGCGAGUUUGGAAGCGCUGGAUGGGCCGGUCACAGCAAGCUCUGGUACCUCUGUACAUCACCCUACCGACAAGCGCCAUUAAGAUCGGAAAGCAAGCCGCGUAUGCUGCGGUCUUCUAUUCGAUGUGUGCGGCGGCAUACGUGGUAUACCGUUUCAAAAGUUGGCAGCAGGGACGCGGGACCGAGAAGCUGAAGAAAGACUAG